AUGAGCGGUGAACAGCUCUCGUCCGCUGAGCCUGCGCAGCGACAGGUUCGUGUGCAGCUGGUCACCCAGCAGGAAGACAUUGCUCUCCCCGACAGCACCGGCCCAAUUCUCGUACCCACAGCUCUACGACGUUAUGCGCUCUCGACUUUGGUCAAUAAUCUCUUGAGUACUGAGAAGCCGGUCCCGUUUGAGUUUUUGAUCAACGGAACAUUCUUAAGAACCUCGAUUGAUGAAUAUUUGACCGACAAUGGCAUUUCCGCCGAGACUACGCUCGAAAUCGAGUAUGUUCGAGCUUUGAUUCCACCUUUGCAUAUCGCAUCUUUCCAGCACGACGACUGGGUCAGCGCCACCGACGUCCUCUCGUCAACUUCGCCCGCCGCAUCCUGGGCUUCCGGUGCCACUUUCUCAAAGGGCCAGGAAAGAAUCCUGUCCGGCAGUUAUGAUGGCCUUCUCCGUGUCUGGAAUAUGUCUUCAGAGAUUAUCGCCACGUCCCCGGUGGCUUCUGAUGGAGGACACACAUCUUCGAUCAAGGCUGCCAAGUUUGUGUCGCCAAAUCAGAUCGUAUCGGCUGGUCUGGAUCGCACAGUCAGGUUGUGGAAGUACACCGAGGACGCAGACUUUACGGGCAAGAUUUCACCACAGCUGGAGUUGUAUGGACACAAGGCUGCAAUUGAAUCGCUGGCCGUGCAUGCGCCAUCCAAUCGCCUGCUGACGGGUUCGGCCGAUCAUACCGUCGGAUUCUGGUCAACAAAGAAGGCCGACGCCCCCGCCGCUCCCGAGAGCUCACUCCCCAACACUGGCCGUACGUCCAAGCGCCGAAAGCUGAACACCACAGUGAGCGCACCGCAACGUGGACCUCUUGCUCUGUUGUCGGCACACACUGGGCCAGUGUCUGCGGCCAUCUUCGAUGGGAAAGAUUCCACAGUUGGAUACUCGGCUUCCUGGGAUCAUUCUUUGCGCACAUGGGACCUGGUCACGUCUGCUCUUGUUGACACCCGCACAACCUCUCAUUCCCUCUUGUCCCUUGUGCACAUCCCCGAGCACAAUCUCUUGGCUGCUGGAACAUCUGCCCGUCACAUCACCUUGAUUGACCCGAGGGCGUCUGCGACUACGGUCGCAGCUAUGACUCUUCGUGGACACACCAAUGCUGUUGUGAGCUUGGCUCGCGAUCCAUCCAGCACCUACGGCCUGAUCAGUGGUAGUCAUGAUGGCACAUGCCGAAUCUGGGACAUUCGAUCUACCAAGAACGACAAAGAGGGCGUUGUCGGAGAAAGCGUGUAUUCGAUCGCUCGUAAGAGUCUCGAAGAAGAAGGGAAAGCGGAUAGCAAGCGAGUUGGUGGUGAGGGUGUCAAAGUCUUCAGCGUGUGCUGGGAUCAAACUGUGGGCAUUGUGAGCGCGGGUGAAGACAAACGGAUUCAAAUCAACCGCGGCGAAGGUGUCCUGUCUUCAAACUAG